UGCUGUUUGUUAAAAAUCAGUUAAUCAGACCGGUUAAAGAUCCUGCUCGCGCGGAAACCUGCCAUUGUAGCUAGCUCUCAACGCGGGUCAAACGUUAAGGUGCAUUUGGUCCAGAAGGUGCAGUUUUUGUUUACCGAACACAUUUCGUUGGUGUUUUGCUGGAGAGAUGGCGUACAGAGGACAAGGACAGAAGGUGCAGAAGGUCAUGGUGCAGCCCAUCAACCUUAUCUUCAGAUACCUUCAAAAUCGCUCACGGAUCCAGGUGUGGCUGUAUGAGCAGGUCAACAUGAGGAUAGAGGGCUGCAUAAUCGGCUUUGAUGAAUACAUGAACCUGGUUCUAGAUGACUCUGAAGAAAUCCACAUGAAGACCAAGAACAGAAAGCCACUGGGGAGGAUCAUGUUGAAGGGAGACAACAUCACCCUGCUGCAGAGUGUGUCCAACUAGAGACGUGGAGAUGCCAGUGACUCUUUUUUUUUUUCGAGCAAAUGUUUUUCCAUUUUGGGGCUAUUUGGGUUCUAAUUACAUGGAUAUUUUAAUUGUUCCUCAACCAUAUUGAACAGUUUUGAAAAUAAAGUGUUUUCUUUCA